AUGAAGCGUUGUGUCUGCGCUGCAGUGGCGUUACUUCUGGGCGCCUUGGGGUCGCGGGGACAGCCACCGCUUUCGGGCUCAGCGCGAGCGCGCGAAGCUCCCCACAAACCCCCCUGCGAAAGUGCGGAAAUUUAUCGGUUUUAUCAUAAUCACUUGAUGGGAUCUGAGCAGUUUGUGCAAGAAUGUGAGAGUUGCAAACAGCGCCCGUGCUGUGCUCCAGGAUUCCCCCUUAAGGGCGUGUGCUUCGUUACUGCCCUUGCUACAGCUUAUCUUCUGCUACGAUGUUUCACCUUCCUCUCCAACUCCAAAGUUUCCACUGCCAAACGUUUGCUUUCAGCAGCAGACGGCGACGAGAGCGGCGACAGCUGCGGACCAGCUGACUCGCUGCAAUCGCGGUUGCAAACACUACAGCAGAGUUUGGUGCAACUGCACACGCAGGCGUCUUCGGAUGCUCAAGAACAGUUGGAAAUUCUCCUAGCAGGUUCUGGGCAGUCUGGCUCCAUGACCGACGAGGAACAGUCUGACGUGGAUGAGGCGAUCAAGCGCUUGCAAGGCCUGAUGUCUACCGCAGAAGAGGCAGUAACAGCGGCUUCUGGGUUUAGCGAGUCUCUACAGGAAGAUACUGAUUCACUUUCCCAGAAGCUCAGAGAAUUACCUCCAGGAGCCCCCAAACCGCCCGCAGUACAGCAGCUUGCUGCUGAUAUAGAGUCAGACUUGGGAGCGUUGCAUGGUUACUGCAAGGACGCUGAAAGUGCAAUAAAAGAACUGCAAGCUGCAUCUGGUAGCCCAACCCAGUACGGCUGGUUUCUACUGAAGAUGGCGGAUCAAGAGACGAAUGAGCAGCAGCAACCCACCUCGGAAACUGUCGCCGCUGCAGUGGUAGCAGCAAGUAUAGUGCUGGGCGGCACCCCGCCUGAGCUACAGGUCACUUGCCCUAAAGCAAAGCGCCAGCUUGGUGCGAUAGCAGAUAGAACGCAUUCAGAGCUCGAACACUGGCGUGAAUUGCUUGGGAGUCCCACUUUCCUUGGCGGUCCCUCGCAUAUGGUGACGGUGCAGCUGGGAUCAGCAUCAGGAACAGCUCGCAGAGGACGGCGCGUGGCGCUGGGGAUGAAAACGCUCCAGAUGCCGGAGCAAGCUGAACAGUUGGAAGCCGGAUGUAAGCUGCUGGAGGCCCAAGUAAGUAGUGCGCGGCAACAGCAUGAGGAUCGCCGCAAGCAGGAGCAAGAAACGCUCCGGCGUCGCCGGGAGCGUAUGCAGCGUCACGAGAAGGCAUUGACUGCACAGUGGGACGCUGAAAGCAUAACAGAGCAGAUUCUUGUUGUGGUCGGCUCGGCUAGGGGUGCUGCUUCACGGGGACCUUCCGGGACGUAUGGCGAUCGCACGGAAGCCGAGGGCAUUUACCUGAAGCUCGCUUCAUGCAUGUCAACGGCAGGGGAGCUUGAUAAAGAACUUCUGCAAGGCACUGAAGCAGGCAAGAACCUGGAAGAAGCUUUAAAAGCUGCUGAUGAUGAAAUGCAAAAGCUUAAAGACUUUCUCCGCGGCAUAUGGGCAGAUAUUAUGGAGACACUUACACAGGCCACGGUGUCAGCGACACAGGCAUUACAGACUGCCUGCGCGCAGCUCGGCGCCGAAGCGGGAGGCUCAGAAGAUGCAGCAGAAAAAGCACCACCGCCUCCAUCAGCAAGUGACGGUGCUCCAAGUGUCUUCCCUCCUUCUGAGGAGAAAAUCUUACGAGGUAUGGAAAGGCUGCUCACAACCGUUGGGGGCGUACAGAAACAGAAAGAACGGUUGGACGGCCUAUUGAAGGCCCACCCCCCUCACAAAAGCCUCACGGAAAAGCUAAAGGAUCUGGAUGAAGCCCUCAGUGUCGCCCUAGGAACAGGACAAACCACUACAGAGUUGCUGUUGCAGACCUGGAUAGGGUCCGUCGAUGAAGCACUAGGAGCCGAGGCCGCGGCAAAAGAAGAGCUUAAGGCGGCGCAAAAGAAUGAACAAGACAAGAAGUCAGGUUCAAAGGAGGAGCGUUUACAAGCAACAAAUGAAAGGGCUCGGCAGCAGGAAGUGGUUGACGAAGCAACAAAGCGGAGGCGCAGAGAAUCACAUAAAGUUGUAGUAGGAGCCUCCAUCUUCAUCGGGUUCUCUUUGCCCACUUCAGCUGUUGAAGCGCUGCAGUCCACCGCGGCUGCUGCAAGGGCCCCGCUUGUCCCUGGUCAUUUUACUAUACCUAGCCUACGCAAAGCCCCUCAGGUAGGAAUUCCCGAAGAAAUCGAAAUCCCCCGCACGAAGCAUAUAAAACUCCCGUCGCAGCCUAGUCCCGACUUGCCGACAACGGGUGGCCCUGUGCACCCUCCUGCUGCUGCUGGUCCUUCGGAUGCUGGGCUUCCUCAUCCUCCGCCUUCUGGGCCUUUAGUCAAGAAAUUUGGGAAGGGUGUUGCUGACGGUGAAAAGGACCCUCUGGGCUCUGUUUCUUCUCUGUUGAGUUUGCUUGGGAACGGUCCUGUCGAUGAUGGCGACUCUGUUUUGGACUUCAUGGGGGACGGCGUCUCGGAAAGCGAGAAGAAGAUGGAAGAGAUGGUAGUAGGAGGAGCUGCAUCGGCUGCUGCUGCUGCUGCACUCGGUGGCACGUCUUCGGGAACAAAGGGUAGAAAGCGCAGAGAAAGCCCAUUUGGCACAGGCUCAAGGUGGAGAAAACCGUCAGUGAAGUCAGGAAAAAAAGAUAAAACAGGAUUAUCAGAGGGAGACAAGCCGGCCGACAAAGAUACGGAACAUUUGCCGUCGCGAGGCUCGCAGACCUCAGGCGUGCCGAAAGGCAGCGAAGGUCAGGGGACACAAAAAGGCAAGAAGAAAUCAAGCGAUAAAGGCGUCAAGAGGAGCUCCUCUUUUGGUGGGCCUCUUGGCGGCAACACACCGUCACUUGAGUCAAUGAAGAAGGCAAGUAGCUGCGAGGGAGGCCUUCCAGUGGGAGAUCCUGCCGAAGCGCCCAAAUCGAGGAGGCAGAGCAUGUUGAAGGUGUUUGUCGGUGCCUUUGGAGGGACGCCGAAACGCGCAGGCUCCCUCCCGCGCCUACGAACACCAGCGGCACAACCAACAGCACCAACAGGAGUAGCACUAACAGAAACAGAAGGUGCACCAAGUGGAGCCCCACCAGACGAAGCAGGAGGAGCACCAAGAGAACGAACAUCAGCAUCCGGAGGACCCUGCGAAGAGGGGGAAACAGAGAAGCAAAAGACACAGGAGCCUCAACAACCUGCUGAUACUGACGAAACCAAGGGCAGAAGCAAAAGGAAGGGCAGCAAGAAGGUACCAAAGCCUGGCAAAGAUUAA